CUGGAACCAGGGUUCCAUUAAGUCAUCAAGUUUCUUAAAAAAGAAAGAGAGAGAGAGAAAAGUUUGGUCACUGACAGGGAAUGAGUGGUCAAUGCUGAGCUAAUGCUUCCUGUUGCAGCAGGGCAGGGGCUAUAUAUAUAACGUGCCUUUCAUGUUGGGGGGAUGUCAGCAGGCUGCUAGGACACCGGAGCUUUCGCUCACUCCCUUUCUAGCAUCCCAGAUCCCUGGGGUUUCUCACGCCGACCACAAUGAACAAGUUCCUGUGCUGCACGCUUGUGUUCUUGGAUAUCUCUGUGAAGUGGACAAUUCAAGAAACCUCUCCUCCAAAGUACCUCCAUUAUGAUCCAGUAACAUCUCGUCAACUGAUGUGUGACCUGUGCCCUCCAGGAACCUAUGUAAAACAGCACUGUACAGCUGCAAGAAAGACUGAAUGUGCACCAUGUCCAGAUCAAUACUAUGCAGAGGACUGGAACAGCAACGAUGAAUGCCAGUACUGCAACACAGUGUGCAAAGAGCUGCAAUAUGUAAAGCUAGAAUGCAACAGUACACAGAACCGCAUCUGUGAAUGUAUCGAAGGGAGAUACCUUGAUCUAGAAUUUUGUUUAAGGCACACAGAAUGUCCUCCUGGAUUUGGUGUUGUACAGCCAGGCACCCCUGAGAGUGACACCAUUUGCAAGAGAUGUCCAGAAGGAUUUUUCUCAGAUGAAACUUCAUCCAAAGCAACCUGCCAAAAACACACAAACUGCAGUGCACUGGGUCAUACAAUAGUACUGAAAGGCAAUGCGCUACGUAACAAUAUGUGCCAUGAAAACACAGACAUGUCAGCUCAAAAAUGCGGAAUAGAUGUAACUCUGUGUGAAGAAGCACUUUUCAGGUUUGCAGUUCCUGAAAAAAUCACCCCUAACUGGCUGAACGUACUAACAGAUGGUUUGCCUGGGACAAAGAUUAAUGCAGAACAUAUAGAAAGGAUUAUACAAAAACAUAGUCCUCAAGAACAGAUGUUCCAACUGUUGAAAUUAUGGAAGCAGCAAAACAAAGAACAGGAUAUAUUCAAGAAAAUCGUUCAAGAUAUUAAUCUGUGUGAAAUUAGUGUCUUAAAACAUAUUGGCCGAGCUAAUCUAAGCUUUGAAAACCUCAACAUUCUGAUGAUGAGUUUACCAGGAAAGAAAGUAGGAAAAGAAGAUGUUCAGCGCACUGUGAAACUAUGCAAACCUACAGAACAAAUUCUAAAGCUUCUCAAUCUGUGGCGAAUAAAAAACGCAGAUCAAGACACAAUGAAGGCCCUAACGCAUGGGCUGAAGCAGCUGAAAACAUACCACUUUCCUAAAAAAACUCUCCAAAGUCUGAAGAAGAUGGUCAAGUUUCUUCACAGUUUUACAAUGUACCAAUUAUACCAAAAACUCUUCUUUGAAAUAUUAGGGAACCAAGUACAAUCAGUAUAAAAAAGAUACAUCUAAUUCAAUAUAUUUUUCCAUUCAUUUUCCACUAUUUCCCCCUAAUUACUGUUAGCAGUAAUUAAUCUAAAACAUUGUCCCCUUAAUAUUGUACCUGACUAUUUAUAUAAAAGUAUGACUGGAAUGACUCUAAGCUCUCAGCAGUGUUCUUAGAGUUUGUUUGUUUGAAUUAUAAAGUGACUUCUGUAAAAGCUAAUCAUUUGAUGACAUUUAGAUCCUGAUCUGUAUCCUUUGGCAUCAGAAAUUCAAAAGUAUCUCUGAAGUCAUUGGGUGAGCAAAGGAAUGUUGAACGUAGCCUAAUACAGUAUUUACUAUUUAUAUUCACUGAGAUAAAGGUUUUUGUUGUACAUAUUUAUUAACUUAAGUGGAAAUUAUAUGAGACUUAAAUUUAGAAAGAGAAAAGAAAUACAAACUAUAUUUUCAAAAGAGAUUAAUAUGAUCAAGUAUAUUUUUAAGCCGAAAUUAUGGUAGUAUUUCUUAAUAGAUCCUACCUUCUUUACUUUGUGGCUAUUUUUUUCAAUUGUUACUUAGUUUUACAUGUAUAAGUUGUAUCUUUUGGCAGAAGCUGUUUAAUUUAUCCAAAGAUUUUAACUCAAAUAGUAUGAGAAAUAUACUCUAAAUGACCUGAAUAUUUAAAUAUUCUGUGAGAAAAUGAAUGUACCAUAUUUA